AUGCAGGGCAAUUUACUUCCUCCAGAGCUGCAGGAUCGGAUCAUCGACUUCGUCCAAGCUGUCGCACCCGAGUCGCUUACCGCAUGUGCUCUCGUCUCUCGUGCCUGCCGCGCUCGCGCUCAACACCUCAUAUUCUCGUGCACCACCGUCCGGAACAUAGGCGGCUAUCAUACCAAACAUCGAGACGCUUUUCUCGACAUCCUUUCCGCCAAUUCGCAGCUCGCCCUGAAUGUUUCCUCGCUCACGCUCCAGCGAUACGACUGGGUGCCAAGCGUCAUAUGGGGAUCUCGCGAUCUAAACUGGAUUGAGCCGCUGGUGAACCUCCACACGCUCACGCUGAAAGCCGCCCCACCCUCAUGCGUGUCCAUGCAUACCCUCUUCCCCAUCCUGCGCAUCUUGCCCCGUCUCGAAUCUCUGGUCCUCCACGGUGUCUUCGUCGGGAGCCAUAAGCAAGCCGAAGCAUCGUCUGUCCCUUCUCCCCCAAGCGAGGUCUCGACAACGAUCGGCCUUCAGAACCUCCGCUGCACAGUAUACAUUCCCAUGGCCGUAUGGCCUAGGGGGGUGUAUCUCACUCCCGUCGAUACUCUCUUCAAGGCGUUGGUAGAUCACGGACUUGUGAAGCAGGGCGGUCUCAAGACGCUCGACAUCCCGCACUACCUUCCCUGGGAUCGCCCAGAACCUUCCCAGGCAUUUCUCGCUCAAACAGACACCUCUCGACUGCAAAGAUUCGGUGCGAUCUUUGUGGACAAGCGAGGAGAUGGAAGCCCGAUUGCCCACCAGGUCCGCGACAUGUCACGUUGCAUACAACUCUGUUCGUUCCUGCGCUCUCUGGAAAUCACCUACAUCGACCGGAAAUGCUACGGGGAGUAUGGGCUCGCUCUCUCCGAUAUCCCACAGCAGCCCUCCGAUUUCAUCGACUCUCUCCACGAACACCUCGCGCACGCGCCGUCUCCCCAUCCGACUCUAAAAGAGCUCUCAUUCACGAUCGUUUACCCCACCUGCCGCAUGGACGCGCACUUCAAGCCCGCACUAGCACUCCUCGCUCAGGUGCUAUGCGAUUCCGUACGGUACCCACGCUUCCGUCGCGUGCACGUGCACCUCCUAGUCCGCGAUCGAAUGACCACGGCGGCCCCUUGGCCGUGGGACGCCUCGCCGGAGGAUACUACGAACAGAGGAAUGUGGCUUUUCUCUCCAUUUGCGCACGGUGGCAUGGAGGUUGAGGUGGACGCUAAGUUAUUUUGA